GCUUUAUGCUUCAUGUGUGAGGUCAAUCCAGGCGCUCUCAAGUCAGCUCAGGGCUGGGCUGCCACUCUGAACAGGGCUCAAAUAACGCAGCAACGUAGCAAUUGCUGUGCAUAUUACUUAACAACCAAAUAUGAAAGCAGCUGUAUAAAUAUCCCCAAACAAACUUCAGCUGAGAACGCUUUCAGAGGCCCCACUGUGUGCAGAAUGGCAGGCUGUGGAGAAGUGGACUUUUCAGUGAAUGCCUCUGCUCCCUCCAAGCUCAUAGAAGGAGCAGGAGAAGACUCUUCCAGCUCCACCACCCCAGAGUGUGCCAUCUGCCUCCAGGGCUGCAUUCAUCCUGUACGUCUUCCAUGCUGCCAUGUCUUCUGUUUCUUGUGUGUGAAAGGUGCCUCAUGGCACAGCAAGCGCUGUGCUCUGUGCCGACAGGAAAUCCCUGAGGACUUCCUGGAAAGGCCCGUCCUCCUUUCUCCUGAAGAACUGAAGGCAGCAGCUGCAGGGCUGAACCGAAGUGGGAGUGAGUCCCACGGAGACUAUGCGUGGUACUAUGAGGGGCGCAACGGCUGGUGGCAGUAUGAUGAGAGGACCAGCAGAGAGUUAGAGGAGGCGUUCGUGAAGGGCAGGAAGAGCACAGAGAUGCUGAUUGCUGGGUUUCUUUAUGUGGCUGAUCUGGAAAAUAUGGUGCAGUAUCGCAGGAAUGAACAUGGCCGCAGACGCAAGAUAAAGAGGGACGUUGUAGAUAUCCCUAAGAAGGGGGUGGCAGGACUGAGGUUAGAGCCUGUACCUGUCCCAGUCCCUGCUUUACCAGCUGUUCCCUCAUCAACGACAGAACGCAUAAACUCAGCUGAUGGCUCUGACUCUGCAGGCCAGCCACAGUCUUCAUCUUUUGGGAUUAUGGUCUCUCUUCCCCCUGUUAGACCCCAAAUUCUUCUGGGGCGCCAUCUCACCAGUCCUUUGUCUCCAUCCCCUUCCCCCCUGGAACAGUCGUUCUCUCAGCUCCUGAUCAGCCAGCCAGAGGGUGAAGAGGUGGAAGGAGACGAUGAGCUGCAAACAUACGAGUUUGCACCUGGAAGCAGUGAGAGUGAAGAGGAGAAAGAGUGUGAGCAAGGGAGAGAGGAAUCUGUGGAACGAAGAAGAACCAGACAAAGACCGUUACGAGAGAGCCAGCCAACCAGAAUCCCUCCAAGAGGCAGGCCUUCCAGCUCUGCCCUCAACCUCCGCUCUCGCAGUCCUGAUGGACAGUGCACGGUGACAGAAGUGUGACUGGGCAGGGAUGUCUUACCUACAGAUUACAGUUCUCAAACGCUCUGACCGUUGUGCAAAAAAAAUAAAAAAUAAAAUAAUGUACAUCUUAAAGGUUCACUUGUUUAACACCAGUCUUGGAGGGUAAAUCAAGGAUCUCGGUUCAGUUUAACUAUUUGUUCCAUUUUUCAGGCAACUUUUUCAACUAAAACUUCAAAGAACGUAAUCAGUAAAGUAGUUACAGCUGUUUGCGUUUUAAACACUUUCUCCUUUGCUAAGGUAUAGUUGCUCAACACUGGUGGGAUUUGAGGUGAGCUCGUUAUUCUUUGCUUUUCACCAGUUAUUGUGUUUUACAAUACUAAAGUCAUUUCAUGGGACUUUUAACAUGUUUAUAAGCCUUUUCUUCAAGACCUGUUCAAAAACUGGUUUCAUACAGAAAUAUAUGGGACUGUGGGGGCUAAGGCGUCUCUUAGUAGCAAUGACAUUACUGUUUUUUUUUUUGUUUGUUUGUUUUUUUAAAGAAAACCAAAAUGGUGAAGUCAGGGUUUUGCCAAAGAAGGAUGUCCACACAGGUUAUUGAUAGAUGUUGGAGCAUCAAUGUAUAAACUUUAUUAUAAGGGCACAUUUAAGGGGGAAAUUACUUUUAACACAGGCAAAUAGAAGUUUGUUCUUCAGUUUUGAGAACAGAACACAGUCAAUAGUAGCACAUGCAUAUAAAGAACAAGGCAGCAGUAGACCAGCAACUUUUGUAGUCUGAAAGGCCAAAUAAAUUUUUUUCUCCAUGCAAUCUGGUGGUCACCUGUCAGCAAAUUAAAAAUAUCUAAUGACAACAUGAAGCUGUGAAGAUGCUGUACAUAAAGCCUACAUUUUAAACUAGUUUUGGUUUUUGAACAGGUUUUCCUGCUUUGGUUACCUUGCUGGUCCUCCGCUCUACUUGUAAAUCUCUUUAGGGCUUACUCUUCUUUACUCUCUGCUGAGUAAUAGAUGAUCACACACCACAAGCCGGUGAUGACAGCAUUUCCACAUCUACGUAUGAUUUCCAAAUCAACCCUCUGAGGCUUUGUCCCUGCGUCAAUGUGGGAACACAUCUGCAGGGUAAAUGUCCAAAACAACUGCCUUCACAUCAGCUGUGAGCAUAAUACAGACUUUGUUUUUUAAGUUAGGAAAUACUUUGAUUUCUAACCUCUUGAGCUCAUUGAUUUGACUCUUUUCAAACCUUUUUUUCCUCUAAAAACAAAUUAAGCUUAAAUGUAGCAAAUUUAAUGCAGUUAAAUCUGCUUUUGUUUUCUUUUUGUACUGAUCAUGUUUUUUAAUAUAAGACGAGUUUAAUCAGGAUGUAACCAGUAACUAUUUAAUUUGAACUUUAAGUAUGUGUGUUUGUGUGUGCACUUAUGAAGGCAGAGGGAGGCUGAAUUCCCCCAGUUUUAACAUCUAAGUUGAGCUUAAUAACAUGUUUGUCAUGAGCAGCACUGAAUGCGGAAAAGCUACUAGAUCCACUGGAAAGUAUUAGUUUAUAUAUGUAGAGAGAGACACAUUUGGAUUGCUAUUUCUUGUCAUGAUAUUCUCCACAGGGCCGCCACAUGUGCUUUUAUGAGCUCAGAUUGUUCUCACAUGGCGUUUAUUUCUCUUUCGCUCCAGCUGCUGUUUUCGCCGUCAUCUUCUCACCGUUUGUCUCUCACUGUGUGAAUAACCUAAACAAAAUUUUUGUCUGUGUGUUGUUUCUCUUGUGGUGUUUUGUCAAACUAUUAAAAGUGUUUAUAAUUUAAAAAUUAAUUGCUGACUGA